AUGGACCAUUUUGAAUAACCAUCAGCAAAAUUGCUUUAUCUAAUCAAUGAAAUGAAUAGGCUGAACAUGAUCACACAACUGGAGAAGUGCACUUUGAAAUAGUUCGUUUUGGAAGAGCAUCAAGGAAUAUAUGAUCUUUUAAAACAAUAUCCAAAGAGUGAUACAGAACUUGAAUUGGCUGAGGCCAUAAUAAUCCUAUUGAGAGGAGCACCAAAUUCGGAGUAGUAAUAGUUUUAGGAUGACAGUCAAUAUUAAGCGGAUUUGUAAAUAUAGGAAGAUCUUGAGUCUCCAUUGGGUAAUCAGCUCAUGAACAGAAAGAAGGGACAAUAGAAAAAAAAUAAGCAUCAAGACAGCAAGCCUUUUGACUUAAAUAAAAUUCAAUGA